AUGGCUGGAUCUGGAAUGGGUGAGCUAUGUGCUCCCAUCUUCAAUGGAAGCAACUAUGAUUUCUGGAGAAUAAAAAUGUGUACGAUCUUCAAAUCGCACAAGCUUUGGGAUAUGGUUGAAAAUGGGUAUGAACAACCAGUGAAGAAAGAGGAUGUACUGAAAGAGUCUGCCAAAAAAGCAUAUGGGAAAUUUUGCAGCAAGAAUUCAGAGGAGAUAAGAAGGGAAUAUGAUUCCAUUGCUGAAGUGAUAGAAGAAACAAAGGACACUGAAACUAUAGGAGUUCAAGAGUGUGAUUCUAGGGAUCAACCAAACACGGGUCAAACUAAAAGUUCAAAAUCUAAGAAGAAUUGGAAACCACAUAAAUGGAAGAAGUGGGAUGCAAAGUUUGAGAACAAUUCCAAGAAGGAAAAUCAGACUGAAGGGGCAAAGGUUCCUUACAAAACAUGUGAUGAGCUUCACUAUGGUGCUUGUUGGUUCAAAGGUAAGCCUAAACGCUACAAAUGUGAUAGGUUUGGUCAUGUGGCAAAGGACUACAGAGGCAAACCAGCUCAAACAACCAACUAUGCAACACAUAAGGAGGAAGAAGGUACAAUGUUUUAUGCCUAUCAUUCUGCUAUUGUAGUGAAAAAUAAUGAUGCAUGGUAUGUGGAUAGUGCUCGCAGCAAUCACAUGACCUCACAUGAAUCCUUUCUAAUCAAUGUUGAUACAAAGGUCAUUGCAAAAGUAAAAAUGGGCACUAGAGAUUUGGUGCAGGCAACUGGUAAAGUGGUGGAGAUAUUUGAUGACAGCUCAAAGGAACACUUGGUUGCUAAAAUUCCAAUGACAGGGAAUAGAUGUUUUCCAUUCUCACUAAAAUAUGUGAGCUCUGUGGCUAUGAAGGCAAUUGUUGAAGAAUCUACUUGGUGUUGGCAUAGGAGGGAGAAUUUGCCAAGGUUGUGCAAUGAGGAAAGCACAUAG